ACCUUUCACCCCUUGCUGCUUCAGACGAACGCUUGCAGGAUCGGAAGAUUGUGUGGAGGUAACAAUCAACACUGGAACAGGUUGGCCAUGGCUGAGGCAGGAUAUGGGUCUCCUACUGAUGUUCCCCUCAAGCUUGGUGAUGGGUAUCCUGUUGAAGUUUUAAGUGACAGAGAUGCAGGCAAUGGUGGAGACAAGCAGACAGCAAGUGAAAACAGUUUAGAAUGUCAACAAGGAGCACAUACUGAUGAAAAACCUUAUCUGUGUGUGGAUUGUGGCUACAGGACAUCCCGGAAGUCCAACUUAUUCCAACAUAUGAGAAUCCAUACCGGUGAAAAACCCUACAAGUGUGACCAGUGUGAUUAUUCUGCUUCACGGAAACGCAAUUUGGACAUACAUGUUGCAAAACAUACCGGUGACAAACCCUUCAUGUGUGGGGAGUGUGGGUACAGGACAACUCAAAAGUAUGACUUAUCCAUACAUAUGAGAACACAUACUGGUGAAAAACCCUACAAGUGUGACCAGUGUGAUUAUUCUGCUGCACAGAAAUCCUUAUUGGACCACCAUCUAGCAAAACACAGUGGUGACAAACCCUUCAUGUGUGGGGAAUGUGGGUACAGGACAACUCUCAUGUCUACCUUAUCCACCCAUAUGAGAACCCAUACAGGGGAAAAACCCUACAAGUGUGACCAGUGCGAUUAUUCUGCAGCACAGAAACACCAUUUGGACAUCCAUCUUGCAAAACAUACUGGCGACAAACCAUUCAUGUGUGGGGAGUGUGGGUACAGGACAACUCAAAAGUAUGACUUAUCCAGACAUAUGAGAAUCCAUACUGGAGAAAAACCCUACAAGUGUGACCAGUGCGAUUAUUCUGCAGCUCGGAAACACCAUUUUGACAUCCAUCUUGCAAAGCACACCGGUGACAAACCCUUCAUGUGUGGGGAGUGUGAGUACAGAACAACUCAAGAGUGUGACUUAUCGAAACAUAUGAGAACACAUACAGGAGAAAAACCCUAUAAGUGUGACCAGUGUGAUUAUUCUGCUGCACAGAAAUCCACAUUGGACAGCCACCUUGCAACACACUCCGGUAAAAAACCCUACAUGUGUGGGGAGUGUGGAUACAGGACAACUGAAAAACGUUACCUAUCCAGACAUAUAAGAAUCCAUACUGGUGAAAAACCCUACAAGUGUGACCGGUGUGAUUAUUCUGCUGCACAGAAAAGCACAUUGGACCGCCAUCUAUUGAAACACAGCAGUGAGAAGCCCUACCUGUGUGAAGAAUGUGGUUACAGAACAGCUGAUAGACGUUGCCUAUACAGACAUAAGAGAAUUCAUAUUGGUGAGAAACCCUACGUUUGUGUGGAGUGUGGGUACAGGGCGACUCAAAAGUCUGCCUUAUCCAAACAUAUGAGAACCCAUACCAGUAAAGCACCCUACAACUGUGUUCGGCAUGAUAAUACUGUAGUAUAGAGAUCCACAUUAGACUGAUGUCUAGCAAAAUUUCACAGUUGAAUAUACAAAGAAAUAUUAUACGGGAAACGUGAGCAUAGGGACGUAAGGGAUAUCUCGCUUGACCCUACAUUGUCUUUUUGUGAACCAAAAGAAAGGAGAAAACUGUGUAAUAGUAAGUAGUGUGAGUAACCAUCAGCUUAUCAAGUGUUACACUUUUAGUUAAGGAGACACUGAUGCCAGAAUCAAAAGGUGUGUUUGUAUAAUGCAUGUACAAAUUUACAAUAGAAUUUUGUUGUAUUCGUUAUCUGAGAACAUUUAUUACAGGUGUCCUAAACU